AUGUCAACAAGUAACCCCAAGUCUACAGGAACUAAAUCAUCCUCUAGAUCACCAGACAAAUCCAAGCACGAAAGACGCUCUUCUUCUGGAAAAGUAAUUACCGAUCGUAAUGCACCCCUCCUCGAAGCCUGGUUCUUCUCCAAUAAAACCAAAUUAUUAGUGGAUCCAGCUCCUAAUCUUACGCCUGAUGAAAAGAUCCAACGAGUCCUUGCGGGAGAAAUUCACAUUGUUUCAUACCCUGGCACUAGCCAAUACAGCCAAGGCGCGCCCUCUGCUUGUGGUUUAGCUGCACUAAAUACGAUUCGUAUCGCACUCGAUAAGCCACUACAAGGCGUGACUGGAGUUAAUCUCUUAAAGUCGUUGAGUUUAUUGGACACUCACCUUGAUGCGACCGCGAUCUGUGUACAUUGGUCCAGUCGUGGUCAUUUAGAGCCCGACCACCUAUUCAGUCUUCCACUGUUCCAUCAGGCCAUGAAAGUUUACGAUCGACAUGAUAAAUUGGUGGGAUUUGAAUCGUUUCUAACUAUGAUCAACUCUCUUCAGACUGCGGAAACUACCAAUGACAUCACCGCAGCCUUGAUUACCCGCCCACCCGAGAUAGUCGCCAUUCUACGCGUACCACUAUCUACCACUGAGCCUUCAGUCUCCUCCAAUUUAAAUAGGGACGAGUCUAUAUAUGCGAUCUUUGACUCUCAUUCUAGACCUGAGCAUCCGGAUGGAGCAGGCUUAACACUCUUGCCGUCUAUUGCCGCAGCAGCCCAACACCUCACCGCGCUACUUCGGGUAAAUAUCAAUACAGGGUCGCCAGGGCUGUCGUGGGAAGCACAACUCAUGUCACAGUUCUCUGCACAUCUUGUGCGCAGGGUUGAGUGGCGCCAACCGGCUGAAGAGAGAACUACUAGAUUGGCGGCCAUAUAUGAAGCAAACGUAGGCUUGUUGCAUGCAUUCGAUGCGGAAGAAGAGGCGAAGCGGCUGCGUAGUGAAGUGACCGAGUUGAGGGAGAAGGCCAGGAAACUCGAACGAGAACUACAUCACGCUUACUCGGCGCUCGACUCAAAGCCGAAAUCUCCAAUCGAGCCUAAACCCGUGUCCGAGUCCAAGAAAUAUCCUGAAGGCCUAUCGGAAGACGCACUCCUUGCACUAAAGAUGCAGGAGGAAUUCGACGCAGAGGAUCAGUUGCUGACCGAAUUAGCAGCUGAAGAGCCGGAGCAGAGCAAAAACGUAUUCGAUUGUGGUAUCUGCUUUGAGACAUUCCAUAUGGGCGCCCUCGCCCCUAUGGAUGGGUGCGACCACAAAUACUGCCGGGAGUGUAUGAGGGAUUAUAUCAAGUCCAAGCUCGCAUCUAGGACCUUUCCACUUUUGUGUCCUACUUGCCAUGCAUCGAAGGAUGGAAGCCGAGGAACCGCUGGGCAGGCUUUGGUCGAGAUAAUAGGACUUGACGAGCGAGAAUAUGCAACAUAUGUCGAAUUAUCGCUAGCAUCCCUGUCAGUUAUGGUCCACUGUCGAAAAUGCCAGAGAGCUGCAUUCGUCAUGCGAGCCGACCUCGAGUCAGAAAUGGAGAUUACCUGUCCAUUGCCCGAUUGCGACUACAAAUGGUGCAAGAAUUGCAAUAAGCCGAUCGAAGGAGAUGAGAAACACUCAUGUGAUGGGACAAGCGAAUUGCGGGAAUUGAUGGCUUCAGAGGGAUGGAAGGAAUGUCCGGGAUGUAAAACCCCCAUCAGUCGGAAUGAAGGAUGCUACCAUAUGACGUGUACUACGCCCGGCUGCAAUUCGCACUUUUGUUAUCGCUGCGGGGCCCUCAUUACCCAAUCCCUAGACCGGGCGAUUAUCCAAUCCGCAGUCAACGAGCAUUUCCGUGGGAGAUGUGAUAUGUUUGAUGCACCUAUGCUCUCCUUCCUGCAACGCUUACGAAGACGUUGA